AUGGACGUGGACGAAGAGCUUGUGCGUCGCGACGAGGUGGAGGCUGGAGCUGAGAUUGAGGCGCUUGUGGAGGCGGCCACGGUGGUAGCGGACGACACGCCCGAGGCGCCAGGCCCAUCGACUGGAUGUGAUGAAAGCGCCGGCGCUACCGCAGGCCAGGCUGGCGGCGCUGGAGCGACAGGGUGUUCGGCAAGUCCGACUGAUGCCAUUGUCUCGUCCGAGAUGACCGCAUGCGGGUACUGCUUUCGGGGCGGACGGAUGGUGCAGAUCGAGUCCGGCGAGGGCUUUGAGUGGCAGGGCCAGAAGCACUACGAUGCGCUGGGCGAUGCUGUCAUUGUUCACAUCCAGCGGCUGAUGCGCGAGCUAUACGGGUUGGUCGAAGUGACGCUUCCGAUCAAGGAAACAUCUGGGCGGGAGCUGUUUGAGGCAACAGUGGCGGCGGGUGAGGCCGGAUGCGCGACGGUGCGGGCUGAGGGCGUGGGCGCCGACGAGCUGACAUCCAAGGUCUUCCUCUCGCGCGAUUUUUACACCAACAAAGACAAGUUGAUGGUACUCAUUCAUGGAGCCGGCGCGGUGCGGGCCGGCAUGUGGGCGCGCAAGCUGUGCAUGAACAACACGCUCGACGAGGGCAGCAUGUUGCCGUACAUUGAGCGCGCGCUCGCUGAGGGCUACGCGCUCGCUAUCCUUAACCCGAACGAGAACAGAGUCAAGGUCGGCGAGGCUGCCGACGGCGAACCUCUCCACCGAUACGUCGAUGGCUCCGAAACGCCCGAGGCCCACAGCCUGUACGUGUACCAGAACUUCAUUCGGGCCUCGCCGGCGGCCAAGAUCGCCAUUGUUGCACACUCGUUCGGCGGCGUGUGCACCACAUUCUUGCUCGAGCAGCAUGGCGACGAGCUUCUCGACGCCGGCCUCGCCGCCAUUGCGUACACCGAUUCGAUGAACCGGUUCGACCACCGGAUGUUCUCGCCACGGGUCCGCGAGUUUGUCAAGACGCGACUUGUCAACUGGAUCGCGUCGCGCCGCGCCAUGGGCGCCACCGUCAAGGCCAAGGGCUCGCAGUGCAUCAACCGCUCCGCCGGACACCACAAGCACGAGUACACCUCGUGGGCGUGCAUCGACGGCGUCUUUGAGCAGUUUGCCAUCGCGCUUGCCGCCGCCAGCUAGCCCAGCAGAGCUUAAACGGCAAACGGG